AACACUGGUGUCAACAUUGCCAAGAUUCGACUGUCUGCAUUCGGCUGGCGGUGUUGACGAGCUGAGACAUCCGCCAGAAUGCGGUGGUUGAGCUUAAACAAAUAUUUACGCCUUUGAAAGACGAAAUACGACUACUCUUCUCCAAGUUUGGGUGAAGUUGACGCUGAGCCAUGUCGCUUCUUACGGAUUUUUUCGUAAUUACCGUGUCGCAAGUGUUGUUCUUUGCGGGCGGCUGGGUAUUCUUUAUGAAGAAGCUGUUCAAAGACUACGAGGUUCAUCACCUGUCUGUACAGCUGCUGUUUUCUAUAACCUUCUCGUUGUCUUGCACAAUGUUUGAGUUGAUUAUCUUUGAAAUCCUGGGCUUCCUUGACACGAGUUCACGGUAUCUGCACUGGAAGCUUGGAUUGUACGCCAUUUUGUUUAUGCUGAUAGUGUUCCUUCCUUUUUAUAUUGGCUACCUGAUAAUCAGCAACACACGUUUCGUGCGAACGAGGCUCAUCAAGCCACUCGCGCUGGGUGCAUGGCUGGUGUUUGUCUAUUUAUUCUGGAAGAUUGGGGACCCAUUCCCGAUCUUAAGCACGAAACAUGGCAUACUCUCGAUAGAGCAAGUCAUCAGCCGUGUAGGUGUCGUGGGUGUCACGCUGAUGGCCGUACUGUCCGGAUUUGGUGCAGUCAACUACCCAUACACCUCCAUGGCCUACUUUAUGAGGGUGGUUACUCUCACUGAUGUGCAAAACAUGGAGAAGAAGCUUCUACAAACAUUUGAUGUAAUCAUCAUGAAAAAGAAGAGGAUCGCCCUGGCAAUGAGGGAAAAGCAGAAACAGUCGGCAUCGGGUCGGCAAACCACCGGCAUCUGGGGCAUGUUGCAGAGCGUCACAUCAACUCCGGCCAGUGGUGCUGAAGACAUUGGGCAGCUGAGGCAGAGUGUGGAAGCCCUGGAGGAGUUCAGCCGACAGUUGUUUCUGGAGACGGUGGAGUUACACAACAUGCUGGAAAGGAUAGAGUGGUCGAAAACCUUCAAAGGGAAAUACUUCAACUUUAUCGGCUACUUCUUCUCCUUGUACUGCAUAUGGAAGAUAUUUAUUUGCACCAUCAACAUUGUAUUUGAUCGUGUCGGCAAGGUGGACCCUGUGACAAGGGGAAUGCAGAUUGCUGUCCAUUACAUGGGAUUCGACGUUGAUGUGAAGUUUUGGUCACAGCAUAUAUCUUUUAUUUUGGUUGGCAUCAUUGUCGUCACUUCUAUACGAGGCCUUCUGAUAACCCUCACUAAGUUUUUCUAUGCGAUUUCAAGCAGCAAGUCAUCCAACAUUAUUGUCCUGGCUCUUGCCCAAGUUAUGGGGAUGUACUUUGUUUCCUCUGUGCUGCUGAUAAGAAUGAAUAUGCCUGCAGAAUAUAGGUCCAUCAUCACUGAGGUGCUGGGCGAGCUGCAGUUCAACUUCUACCACCGGUGGUUUGAUGUAAUUUUCCUGGUCAGCGCACUCACAAGCAUUGGCUUUCUCUACUUGGCCCACAAGCAGGGCCCUGAACGUGACACUGUACCAUAACUCGACUUCUUCGUGAAGGACCACAUUUGUUCCAUCUGCGAUACACUAGUGCGCAGGCCUCCGCCAGCUUCGUGAAAGACCAACGUUUUGAGCACCGACUUUGCAACUGUAUGCCGUGGCCUUGCUCCCCAGCGAUCCUAAGCCACUGCGAUCUCUGCCAGAUCUCGCAGUUGCUUAGAUAUAUGCGCCAUCGACCGCGGCCCGGAAGAGAAUUCGAGCCAUUAUGAAGCACAACGGUGUUGAACUUUAUGCGUUCUGGGCGGGGCUUCUUCCAGAAUCGUAUCACCCCAAAAUUCUGGCCAACCAUGAUCUUAUCGAGAAUCGACUGUACAUUCGAACGUCUCUACAAUGAAAUGACCUGUAUAGUGAAGGUUUGUUUAUAUCCAGGGCGAAUUGUUAUCUUUCAUAUGUAUUGUGAACACCUCUACAACGAAGGAAUUUAGGCAUCCCAGACAUCACUGCUAUCUGCAGACGCCUCUGCGCUAUCACAAAUGGCAAUGCUAGCGACGCACUUGAUGAGUGUGCCGAUGCCAGCAAGUGUUACAGUCCUGCUGCACUGCCCCAGGAAUCACAUAACUGGUACACUGCUUGUGGUAACACACCAUUGGGUGUGACGGCUAACGAAUACAUCGCAGUGAUCACAUCGUGAGGAUGUAAUCAUAACAUAUGGUGCCUUCAAAGACAUUUAGGACGGAAAGGAAACGAAUGUCGACGAAGGCAACAGGGAUGAAGGACCCUUAAACGAACCAAGAAAGCAAGGGAGGCGCCAUUUAGCAAUCUCCAGCUUUACCUCCCAUUGCUCCAGCCUUUCGCAGUGAAGCAUGCCUUGAACCUCAGUGUAAUAAGGUCAGCUGAUGUCGCACAUUCCGUCAGACGAAGUGUACGGAAAAAUUAGCGACUCAUUUUCACUAAGUCACUAGGAUUGUGCUAAAUAAAGGUUUGCUCUUGUUGAAUGUGCUUAUCAUGGUCUAUUGUGACCGGUACGGGGUGCGAUCUUCAUAACAAAGUGACAUGUAUAACUAGGAAUUUUGGAGGUCCCAUGCACUUCGUUAUAAAAGCAUUUGUGUAUAUCGGUGCGGCCAUCACGUAAAAUAGGCAUGCUGUCGCCAAGCUAGGUUAUUACAGAAAACUGUUGGAGGUAUGCUCCACGUGGUUGCCUCUUAUCACCAACUGGUGUAACUAUAGUGUGUUGCUUCUUAAAUAGCUUGGCUUCUGUGUGGAGUGCUUGCUUCAGAAUUUGUAAACCCAGUUGUGAGAAGAGAGGAUUUACCCCUAUGUUUCAUUUUACGAUCUCGUUUAUUUCUAGGUCUAGUUUCACGCCUGACUGCGCUGUGCUCAUUGUGUGACAUGUUAUAUGCUGGCAAGAUUUGAUCAGCCAUACUGCCACGAAAAUGUUGACAGGGUCAUCGAUGUUGACAGGUCAAGGCUACUAAGGUGCCACUGAAACGAAGACUUGGUAACCUAACAACUGCUCUUGGCAAGAAUAAAACUUCACUCAUUCCGUGUUCCAAUAAACUGCUCAUUUAUAUU